AUGCGCCUGGCAAGUAUGGUGUUCACUCCGGUAAUUGCUAUUAGCUUCGCGUCCUGCAGUGUAGCAGAGUUCGACCAAACCAAGAUAUUGAUGAAUGAAUUACCAGCUCACUCUCACGUUUCAGCCAGAGGAAUAUUUCUUCGCACGCCUCAAGAGAAUGAAGCAGUGGCUGAGAAGCGAGCCCCGAAUUUUAACUUGGCUGAACUAAAGAAGGGAGACACGCUAAACAAUUGGCCGAAGAUCUCAUGGGCAAUCCUCGGUUGCCGAAAGCUGCAUUCCAGUGGUGGGAACAUAACCAGUAUUCUUUGUCUAAAAUUGAUGAGUUCUUGA